AUGGCGAUGCUUGAAGGGUUCAAUAGAAUUGACGAUGUUCUCGUGUACUGGCAUAUCUGCGAGAAGAACUAUCUUCGCGCCAAGCAUGGAGAAGAGUAUCAAGACCUCAUAGAGCCUUUGAUCAAGCUCUAUUACCACAUCAUCGAGUACCAAGCGCGUUCAGUAUGCCAUCUUUCAGAAUCUCAACUCUCCCGUGCAUGGGAUAAUAUGGCUGGUGGAAGCGAUUGGGUUUCAAUGAUGACAGAGAUUGAAAGACUAAGCGAGGUUUGCAGUGGCUGCAUUCCUCCUCUUGAGGCAGAAGAAAUUCGCAAAAAUAGGGACGAUCAGCUCCAGACAAUGCGGGAGUCUCAGAAAAUCCUUGACGAGAUUCGGACGACCUUGGAAGCGGAUAUGAUGCAGACCCAGAGGAAUUACGAAGACCAGAAAGAACGAGAUCUCCUUCAAGCCCUCGCCUCUGGCUAUGAAGACGACAAGAAUUUCAACCCAGAGAGAGUCGCAGGCACAUGUGAGUGGUUCUUUAAAGACCACAGACUUCGGGAUUGGCGUGACAGCGACGUGUCUAGUCUGCUCUGGAUAUCUGCUGAUCCUGGCUGUGGAAACCGUUGCCCUAAUCCAGCACGCGAUUUCAAGCUAUAG